CACUUGUUCAAACUACUGAGCUGUGAGCAUCAGCAGCACAAGACGGGAGAUCAGUACCAGCGGGAAGAUCGCGUUUAGCCAGUUGUCAGAGCUCAGAAAGGCGUACAUAAUUUACACCUUGAUAUAUAUUGAGAAAGAAACAGCAGCUGCCUGUAUGUCAGCGAAAGGCAGAAAGUAUCAGAAACGUGUGUCUUUUUCUGAAGAGGACAAUGAACAAGACUGGAAAGAGGAAAACGGGGGUUUGGAUGCACAUUACUUAAAAUCGGUUAAAACUGUCAGAGAUUCAUCUGGGUAUUACCAUUGCACAAUGCCAGCCGGCGACAACCCGACGCUGAGGAGGCUCACGAUGAUGAGGGAGAAGGGGAGACGGCAAGCUGUCCGCGGCCCCGCGUUCAUGUUCAACAACAGGGGGACCAGCCUGACCACGGAGGAGGAGCGGUUUCUCGACGCCGCGGAGUAUGGCAACAUCCCCGUGGUGCGCAAGAUGCUCGAGGAAUCCAGCACGCUGAAUGUCAACUGCGUCGACUACAUGGGCCAGAAUGGCCUGCAGCUCGCCGUGGGGAACGAGCACUUGGAGGUGACGGAGCUGCUGCUCAAGAGAGACAACCUGGCGCGCAUUGGGGACGCUCUGCUGCUCGCCAUCAGCAAGGGCUACGUCAGGAUCGUGGAAGCGAUUCUGAACCACCCCGCCUUCGUCACCAGCGAGCGUUUGACGCGCAGCCCCUGUGAGCUGCAGGAUGACGACUUCUACUCCUACGACGAAGACGGCACCCGGUUCUCUCCUGACAUCACCCCUAUCAUUCUAGCUGCCCACUGCCAGAAGUACGAGGUUGUGCACAUGCUACUCAUGAAGGGAGCUCGCAUCGAGAGACCCCACGACUACUUCUGCAAGUGCAAUGAAUGCAUGGAGAAGCAGAAGAAGGAUUCCUUCAGCCAUUCCCGCUCCAGGAUAAACGCCUACAGAGGUCUGGCAAGUCCUGCCUACCUCUCUCUGUCCAGCGAAGACCCUGUUCUCACGGCUUUAGAACUGAGCAAUGAGUUAGCCAAGCUGGCCAACAUCGAAAAAGAAUUCAAGGACACCCAUAAAAAAGAGACGGCGCAGCUCAAUUGCUUCUCCCUGAAUGACUAUCGCAAGCUAUCUAUGCAAUGUAAGGACUUUGUGGUGGGUGUUCUCGAUUUGUGCCGAGAUACUGAAGAAGUCGAAGCCAUACUGAACGGGGAUGUGAGUGCAGAGCUGGAGGAAGGGCAGCACCACAGGACUCUCCUGAGCAGAGUCAAGCUGGCUAUUAAGUACGAAGUCAAGAAGUUCGUUGCUCACCCAAACUGCCAACAGCAGUUGCUGACAAUCUGGUAUGAAAACCUCUCAGGACUACGGGAGCAGACCAUUGCUGUCAAAUGCCUCGUUGUGCUUGUUGUUGCCUUAGGCCUGCCACUUCUUGCAGUGGGUUACUGGUUUGCUCCAUGCAGCAGGCUUGGAAAAAUCCUGCGCAGUCCCUUCAUGAAGUUUGUGGCCCACGCUGCAUCCUUCAUCAUCUUCCUGUGCUUGCUGGUGUUCAAUGCCUCCGACAGAUUUGAAGGAAUAACCACUCUCCCUAAUGUGACAGUCACUGAUUAUCCCAAGCAGAUCUUCAGGGUGAAAACCACCAGGUUCAGCUGGACUGAAAUGCUCAUCAUGGUGUGGGUUCUAGGCAUGAUGUGGUCUGAAUGUAAGGAGUUGUGGAUGGAAGGCCCAAGAGAAUACAUUUUACAGCUGUGGAAUGUUCUAGAUUUCGGAAUGCUCUCGAUUUUCAUUGCCGCUUUCACGGCCCGGUUCUUCGCCUUCCUUCAGGCCACUAAAGCUCAACAAUAUGUAGAUGAGAAAAUUCAUGUCAGUGACCUCUCCAUGGUGACACUUCCCCCAGACAUUGAAUAUUUUACAUAUGCAAGAGAUAAAUGGCUUCCUUCUGAUCCCCAGCUCAUAUCUGAAGGCCUGUAUGCCAUUGCUGUAGUGCUCAGUUUUUCCAGGAUUGCUUAUAUUCUGCCUGCAAAUGAGAGCUUUGGUCCACUGCAAAUCUCCCUGGGCAGAACGGUGAAGGACAUCUUCAAGUUCAUGGUUCUGUUCAUCAUGGUAUUCCUGGCCUUCAUGAUUGGGAUGUUUAUUCUCUACUCGUACUACCUUGGAGCCAAAGUCAACCCAGCUUUUACCACAGUUGAAGAGAGUUUUAAAACUCUGUUUUGGUCUAUCUUUGGACUGUCUGAAGUAUCAUCGGUGGUCCUAAAAUAUGAUCACAAGUUCAUUGAGAACAUCGGCUACGUUUUAUACGGAAUUUAUAAUGUCACCAUGGUGGUGGUGCUGCUGAAUAUGCUGAUUGCCAUGAUCAACAGCUCGUAUCAAGAGAUAGAGGAUGAUGCAGAUGUGGAAUGGAAAUUUGCUCGGUCAAAGCUGUGGCUCUCUUACUUUGACAAUGGGAAAACACUACCGCCUCCUUUCAGCCUUGUGCCCAGUCCAAAGUCUUUCUGGCACUGCAUCAAGAGAGUGGUCAACCUCUUCAAAUGUCGAAGGAGAAGGCUAAAGAAAGAUAUUGAGCUAGGAAUGGACAACUCCAAGUCAAGGCUAAACCUUUUCACUCAGUCAAAUUUGAAGAUUGCAGAGUCCCACAGCUUUAACAGUAUACUCAAUCAACCAACACGCUAUCAGCAAAUAAUGAAACGCCUCAUAAAACGCUAUGUGUUAAAGGCACAGGUUGACAAAGAGAAUGAUGAAGUAAAUGAAGGCGAACUGAAGGAAAUAAAACAGGAUAUAUCCAGCCUUCGUUAUGAGCUUCUGGAAGACAAGUCUCAAGCCACAGAAGAACUGUCCCUGCUGAUACAAAAGCUCAGUGAUAAACUCAACAUUAACACAACGAGAUGUGAAUGACGUGAACAGCAGAUUACAGGAAUGGCUUAACUGUCAAGCUGAAAGAACUAAUGGCAUUUAUGAUUUGCGGUAAAUUACAAAGACUUCGAUGUUCAAAGUGUCAGCCCUCCUAAACUAGCAGCUUGAAUGUCAUUCCUUACAAGCUGGUGUGUUUGUUUAAGACCAUUUUUGCUCCAGUUCCUGACAAAUGCUUGAAAGCAAAGAGUAAUGAAAAAUCCGAAAAUAAUUCAAUAGAUAUAUAGUUUUGGCAGUUUCCAGAACGGUAUAUGUAUAAACCUUUCUAACUUACCUCACUGCUAUAGUGACCUCUUGAGUUUUACUGUGUUUGGUAAUAAUUACACUGUUGAAAAUGGUUUGGAUACUCAAGACAUCGAGUUCAUAAGAUGUAAAACAUUAUGUACAUAAGGGUAACACACUGAUCUUAUAAAAUAGCACAAACAAUGGCAAUAACAAAUGUGACUUGACAUUUUCAAAUUAAAUUAUUAUCAUGAUAAAUUUAUUUUCAUCUAGUUUAGCAUAUGCUUAAAUGACAAAAUAUUUAUUUUUCUGUAAGAAAACUUUCACACAUUUUUAAAAUUGGUUCAUGAAAAAAGUGGUCAGUAUUUCACCAUAUUUAUUUAAUAAGUUUUUUUUUUUAAAUAAAUCUAGUUUUUAGAUAGAUUAGGGCCUAAUCCUAUGCUGUAGACAUGGUAAACAUUGUUCCUAGAAGAUGUUAUGGAACAGUACACACAAUCAUCUUGAUAAACUAGGACUAUACAACAUUUUCUACAAUCAGUAUAGUUUCUUUUAUUACAAUGAAAAAAGUUAUGGUUUUAUUAGGAUUUUAUACUGUUAAACUGUUGUAAUAUUAACUAUUGUUGAUGUGUUGAUAUAAGUAUUUAUAACCAUCUGUAUGAUGACUUAAUACUAUGAAAUCACUUUAGAGUUGUUCUCAUUAUUUUAAGAAACACGUAUAUGGAUUAUUUUUUUACUUCAAUCUGGCUAGUAUUUUUUCUUAUUAAAUUAUACAUUAUACAAUGUCCAGCAGGUACAAUUUGUAUAUUUUUGCUCUUAAAUUUAGUCAAUUUAGUUCUUAGCAUUCAGAAACGAUAUUGCACCUAUUCCUUCUGGUGUGUGUUUUCAGCUCUAUAGGUUUUCACAGUAAAAUAUAACUGUAACAUAUUGAUUUAAAAAGCUGUAUACUUUUGUAUUUGAUUAAUCUAUGCAGGGUAUAUAUAUAUUGCUUUUGUUCAAUGCUGAUAUAGGGUGAAGCGCACAUAGAACACAAUAAAAAUAAUUUUGUAAUUAGAACUGUUUAGGUAAAAAAAGUUUGCUUAGAGGUCAUUGAAAGUUUCUUAAUCAGACUGUAAAAACUGUAAAAAAAUAAAAAGAUAUAACAUUUUAAUCUGUACAAUCAUUAAUACUAUAAUCAUUACUAAGUUAUUACUAUAAUGCUUUUAACCAUAACUUGUUUUUUUAAUGUCACAAAAAGAAAUGGGUCUUGUUCAUGGAAAAGAACAUCUGUUUUUAAAGCACUUCAUUGGAGUACUAUGAACUAUGGUUUCGAAUAACUGGAAAAAUACAUACUGCUGAAACACAAAUAUUUCUAAAUAAAAAAUGCCAAUGUACUCUGAA